UAGGGUUGCGGACUCCGCCCCGGAGGCCGGGAGGGUUGUUCGCUCGGGUCGGGUGUCGCCUGAGAACCGGAUGAGGCGGCGACUCUGAGGCCGAGCCGGGAGCGGGCGUCGCGGCGAAGGGGAGACCGGGCGGGCCGGCAGAGCAGAGCAGGAGGAAGCAACGGCCACAGACACAUCGGAACCGAGAGUCUUAGUCGGGGGAUCCGCGCGGCGGAGGCGGACACCAUGGGCAACCGCGGGAUGGAAGAGCUCAUCCCGCUGGUUAACAAGCUGCAGGACGCCUUCAGCUCCAUCGGUCAGAGCUGCCACCUGGACCUGCCGCAGAUCGCCGUGGUGGGCGGCCAGAGCGCCGGCAAAAGUUCGGUGCUCGAGAACUUCGUGGGCCGGGACUUCCUUCCACGAGGAUCAGGAAUUGUCACCCGGAGGCCUCUCAUUCUGCAGCUCAUCUUUUCCAAAACAGAAUAUGCGGAAUUUUUGCACUGCAAGUCCAAAAAAUUUACAGACUUUGAUGAAGUCCGGCAGGAGAUCGAAGCAGAGACUGACCGGGUCACAGGCACCAACAAAGGCAUCUCCCCUGUGCCCAUCAACCUUCGGGUCUACUCACCACACGUGUUGAACUUGACCCUCAUCGACCUCCCAGGCAUCACUAAGGUGCCGGUGGGGGACCAGCCGCCAGACAUCGAGUACCAGAUCAAGGACAUGAUCCUGCAGUUCAUCAGCCGCGAGAGCAGCCUCAUUCUUGCCGUCACACCUGCCAACAUGGACUUGGCCAACUCAGACGCCCUCAAGCUGGCCAAGGAGGUGGACCCCCAAGGCCUACGGACCAUCGGUGUCAUCACCAAGCUAGACUUGAUGGAUGAAGGCACAGACGCCAGGGAUGUCCUGGAAAACAAGCUACUGCCCUUGAGAAGAGGCUAUAUCGGCGUGGUUAACCGAAGCCAGAAAGACAUCGAGGGCAAAAAGGACAUCCGGGCUGCUCUGGCAGCCGAGAGGAAAUUCUUCCUCUCCCACCCAGCCUACCGGCACAUGGCUGACCGCAUGGGCACCCCACACUUGCAGAAAACCCUGAACCAGCAACUGACCAACCACAUCCGAGAGUCACUGCCGACCCUUCGCAGCAAGCUGCAGAGCCAACUGCUGUCCCUGGAGAAGGAAGUGGAAGAGUACAAGAAUUUCCGGCCUGAUGACCCCACGCGCAAGACCAAAGCCCUGCUGCAGAUGGUUCAGCAGUUUGGAGUGGACUUUGAGAAGCGAAUUGAAGGCUCGGGAGAUCAAGUAGACACACUAGAGUUGUCUGGUGGAGCCCGCAUCAAUCGUAUCUUUCAUGAGCGCUUUCCCUUUGAACUGGUAAAGAUGGAGUUUGAUGAGAAAGAUCUACGAAGAGAGAUCAGCUAUGCUAUUAAGAACAUCCACGGAGUCAGAACUGGGCUCUUCACGCCGGAUUUGGCGUUCGAGGCCAUUGUGAAAAAGCAGGUGGUCAAGCUGAAAGAGCCCUGUCUGAAAUGCGUGGACCUGGUUAUCCAGGAGCUAAUCAGUACAGUUAGGCAGUGCACCAGCAAGCUGAGUUCCUACCCCCGGCUGCGAGAGGAGACCGAGCGAAUUGUCACCACCUACAUCAGGGAGCGAGAAGGGAGAACCAAGGACCAGAUUCUUCUUCUGAUUGACAUUGAGCAGUCGUACAUCAACACAAACCAUGAAGACUUCAUUGGAUUUGCCAACUGUUUCUAUACUGAGGAGCUGGUCACAGGUGCCCAGCAGAGGAGCACGCAGCUGAACAAGAAGAGGGCCAUACCCAAUCAGGUGAUCCGCAGGGGCUGGUUGACCAUCAACAAUAUCAGCUUGAUGAAGGGUGGCUCCAAGGAGUACUGGUUCGUGCUGACAGCUGAGUCAUUGUCUUGGUACAAGGAUGAGGAGGAGAAAGAAAAGAAGUACAUGCUGCCACUGGACAACCUCAAGAUCCGGGACGUGGAAAAGGGCUUCAUGUCCAACAAGCACGUGUUUGCCAUCUUCAACACAGAGCAGAGGAAUGUCUACAAGGACCUUCGACAGAUUGAACUGGCUUGUGACUCCCAGGAAGAUGUGGACAGCUGGAAGGCUUCGUUCCUGCGCGCUGGGGUCUACCCAGAGAAGGACCAGGCAGAGAAUGAGGAUGGAGCACAAGAGAACACCUUCUCCAUGGACCCGCAGCUGGAGCGACAGGUGGAGACCAUCCGUAACCUGGUGGACUCCUACGUGGCCAUCAUCAACAAGUCCAUCCGUGACCUUAUGCCAAAGACCAUCAUGCACCUCAUGAUCAACAACACAAAGGCCUUCAUCCACCAUGAGCUGCUGGCUUACCUGUAUUCAUCAGCAGACCAGAGCAGCCUCAUGGAAGAGUCAGCCGAGCAGGCUCAGCGGCGGGACGACAUGCUGCGCAUGUACCACGCACUGAAGGAGGCCCUCAACAUUAUUGGGGACAUCAGCACCAGCACCGUGUCCACACCCGUGCCCCCACCGGUCGAUGACACGUGGCUCCAAAACACCAGCGGCCACAGCCCCACUCCACAGCGCCGACCUGUGUCCAGUGUGCACCCACCAGGCCGGCCACCUGCAGUGCGGGGUCCUACACCGGGGCCUCCCCUGAUUCCUAUGCCUGUGGGGGCCACAUCCUCCUUCUCAGCACCUCCCAUCCCAUCCCGGCCUGGACCACAGAGUGUGUUUGCCAACAACGACCCCUUCUCUGCGCCACCUCAGAUACCAUCUCGGCCAGCACGGAUUCCCCCUGGUAUCCCUCCAGGAGUGCCCAGCAGAAGAGCGCCCGCUGCGCCCAGCCGGCCCACCAUUAUCCGCCCAGCCGAGCCGUCCCUGCUCGACUAGGCUGCAGGGGGCAAUGUUCUGGGGGGGUCCUCGUGCACCCACAGUGUAGGACAGUUUUGGUGGUCUGGGCCCUGCUACUUGCCCUCCAUGCUGGGACCAGGCUCCCCGUGGGCAAGCCCUGCCCUUUCCCUCCUCGCCCUAGUGGACAUGACAAUGAAGGGUGAGGAGGCCCACAGCACAGCACAUGGGGGCUUUGCACUUUGGGAUGAGGAGGAGCUCUGGCUAGCAGAACAGGAACUGCAUCCUUGGGACCAUCAGGAAAAAAAGGUCCAGGCUAGUGUGGGGGGACUCUUCUGGAGCUCCUCCAGAGCCUUUGUUCUUUCUGGGGUCCAGGAACUGCCCACCUUUCCUAAGGACUCCUCAGGAGUGAGCCAGGCCCAGCAGGUCCAGUGCUGACCCACCUGGCUCAAGUUGUAUAUAUAGAGCUCCUUUGGCCAUAUUAACCACACAAGCUGAGCCCAGCCCAGGCUCCGCACCCAGAGGUGCCUUUGUGCCUUCCUCAGGCCUGGAGGGCCUCAGCUCUGGCCACCCUCACUCUCCUCAGCCCCGGUUGUGGUUUGGGCUGUAUGAACUGGGGAGACAUCAGAGGCCUCUUGGCUCCCAACCAGAUGUCCCCACAGGGUGGGCCCUGGGUGCCUCUGCAGCCUCGGCUCCCACCGCCUGGAUUGACCACUGUUAAGUGCCUGCCUCUGUAUAUCCUAUUAAUAAACUAAAAUAAAGGGAAGCCCUACUGGUGGCUACGUGUGUGGGCCUUUUGUGUGUGUCCCAGCUCAGGAGAUUGAGCACCCCCUCAUGAGGCUGCCCACACUCAUUUACACGCGUGAGUCUUGUGUCAUCUGUUCUGAGCCCCUCUUGUCCCCAUCCGUACCAGGCCUCACACACAGUGCUCAUGGGAAACAGGAAUUCUAUCCACCUCUGUGCGAUGCUGUGGCCAAGCCCUCCUCCCAGCCCCGCCAGCCACCGGGACCAGGGGACUCAGUUCAUUCAGCCAUGGUUUAUGGUCUUUUUCUUUCGUGCCAGGCGACCACCUCCAUUGGCUCCUGCCCGACCUUUCUUCUGAGCUUCGUGGGAGUGUCCCCCCUUCCUGGCUGCCCUGGCUUGAGGCUAGGUCUGUCCCAAGCUGACAUCCCUAAGCCCAGUCACCAGGCACUAUUAACUUUCUGACCAUAAUUUAUUGACUCCAGUGCCCAGGACAAAUGCCCUCUGUUCCUUGAGGCUCAUGGGCCAGCCUUCUCUGAGGCCCUGCACCCAGAGAGAAGGAAGGGGCCUCUCCCAAACCACCUACUAGCUGGCUCCCCUCUGGGCCAAGGGGCCAGGGCUCCUUCCUUUCAAAUAAAAGUGACUGUCCUGGCAA